AUCAGUGGUGGUGAAACAACUGAAACAAUUUCCUGCCUGGAGCUCUCUGCUGAGUUCUAGUUUGCCCAUUAUUGAACCAGUCAUGAAAGAGGGAGACGGAGUGAGAGCAAGUCUGACAGACAGACAGACGGAAAAGAGCUUUUCUGUUUGCUGAGUUAAUACCAUUCAGUAGAUUGUUGGAGCUCCACUGGCAUGUUUUCAUUGACGCGACCCUACAAGCACCAAAGGCUGUUUCUCUUUUCACUCAUUCCAGCUGACAACUAAUCCAGGAUGAACCAUGGAGACCGAGAGAUGGGCGUCUCUCACCUUCGCUAUGAGGAGGAGGAGGACCAUCAGUCCAUCUACAUUGGCGUCCCAGUGCCUCGAGGAUAUCGGCGAAAGCGUAGGCGAAGGCGCUCUAGUCGUGAGGUCACUGACAUGGACAGAGACAGCCACUACACCCACCACAGAAGACACGAACACGACCGGUACCAAGACAUAGACAUUGAGGAAGGACUCAUGGAUUCGAACGAUCAGAGUCUCCAAGACAUCAACCGCACAAUGUCUCCAGCGGCAGAGCGGCUACGUUACAUCCUGAAUGAAGAUGAUGACAUGCCCACACCAACACUCUUCACUGAGAUGGACACUCUACAGAGGGAAGGAGACGAGCUGGAGUGGAAGGAGUCUGCCAGAUGGGUGAAGUUUGAAGAGAAGGUGGAGGAGGGUGGAGAGCGGUGGAGUAAACCCCACGUGUCCACACUGUCCCUGCACAGUCUUUUUGAGCUCAGGACAUGUCUCCAGACGGGAACAGUGCUGCUGGACCUGGAAGGCUACUCACUGCCUCAAAUAGUUGAUGACAUUAUUGAGAGACAGAUAGAAGAGGGCAUGAUAUCCCCUGAUCUGAGAGAGAAGAUCAGUUUUGUCCUGCUGAGAAAACAUCGACACCAGACCAAGAAGCCAAUCCACCGCUCGCUAGCCGACAUCGGCAAGUCCAGCUCCUCAACCACAGGUCGUAAUGUUGGGUCCCGAGGUGGACCAGGGCCAGGUCCAGGACCAAUAGCUAACUUUAACAGAUCCACCGAAGACCUCAGAAUGAAACAGCAGUCUGCCAACUAUGGCCGUCUGCGUCACGCUCAGAGUAGGAGCAUGAACGAUAUUGCAGAUACUCCAAGCACAGACCAGCUAAAAAACAAAUUCAUGAAGAAGAUCCCUAGAGAUGCAGAGGCAUCCAACGUCUUGGUGGGUGAAGUGGAUUUCCUCAACAAACCUUUUGUAGCCUUUGUCCGCCUGGCCCAAGCCACAACACUAGGAGGUUUGACUGAGGUCCCUGUACCAACCAGAUUCCUGUUUAUUCUGUUGGGGCCCCAAGGAAAGGCCAAGUCGUAUAAUGAGAUUGGCCGAGCCAUAGCAACCCUAAUGGUGGAUGAUCUCUUCAGUGAUGUAGCCUACAAGGCCAGAGAUCGGGAGGACCUCAUCGCAGGCAUAGAUGAGUUUCUGGAUGAAGUCAUUGUGCUUCCACCUGGAGAAUGGGAUCCCAAAAUCCGCAUUGAGCCGCCAAAGAAAGUCCCCUCAGCUGACAAAAGGAAGUCAGUGUUCUCUUUGAAUGAACUGGGACAGAUGAACGGUACAGCUGGGGGAGGAGGAGGCCAGGCUGAGGAUGAGGAGAUGCCAGUGCAACAUGAACUUGGAGAGGAGCUUGCAUUCACUGGACGCUUCUGUGGUGGGCUGUACCUGGACAUGAAGCGGAAAUUGCCGUGGCUGCCUAGUGAUUUCUACGAGGGUUUCCACAUUCAGUCCAUCUCUGCUGUGCUCUUCAUCUACUUGGGCUGCAUCACCAAUGCCAUCACCUUUGGUGGCCUGCUGGGAGACGCCACAGACAAUUACCAGGGUGUGAUGGAGAGUUUUCUGGGUACAGCUCUGGCUGGUUCUGUCUUCUGUCUUUUCGGUGGUCAGCCCCUCAUCAUCCUAAGCUCCACUGGACCCAUCCUCAUCUUUGAAAAGCUCCUGUUUGAAUUCAGCAAGAAUAAUGGCAUAGAUUACAUGGAGCUGCGUCUGUGGAUCGGCAUACACUCCUGCCUGCAGUGUUUUAUCCUGGUAGCUACUGACGCCAGUUACAUCAUCAAGUACAUGACACGGUUCACUGAGGAGGGCUUCUCCAGCCUCAUCUCCUUCAUCUUCAUCUCUGACGCAAUCAAGAAGAUGGUAGGCUGCUUCAAAUACUACCCCAUCAACACCGACUUCGAACCUGACUACGUCACCGCCUAUAAGUGCGAGUGCCUGGCUCCAGACCCAGUUCCAAUGCCAGAUAACAGCUCUAGUGUCUCUGGGUUGAAUGUGACAGCUCUGGACUGGAGCCAGCUGGGCAAGAAGGAGUGUCUGAAAUAUGGAGGCUCUCUGGUGGGAAAGUCCUGCAAGUAUGUCCCCGAUCUGGCCCUCAUGUCCUUCAUCCUCUUCUUUGGCACCUACUCCAUGACCGUCUCUCUCAAGAAGUUCAAGUUUAGCCGCUACUUCCCCACCAAGCUGAGGAAACUCAUCAGUGACUUCUCUAUCUUCAUGUCCAUAAUGACGUUCGUGGGGCUUGAUAUGUUGAUGGGACUCAAAACUCCCAAACUAAUUGUUCCAACAGAAUUUAAGCCAACUCGACCUGACCGUGGCUGGCUGGUGAUGCCGUUUGGAAAGAACCCAUGGUGGGUGUAUCUGGCCAGCUUUGUCCCUGCCCUCCUGGUCACCAUUCUCAUCUUCAUGGACCAACAGAUCAGCGCUGUCAUUGUUAAUCGCAAAGAGAACAAACUUAAGAAAGGCUGUGGCUACCACCUGGAUCUGUUCUGGGUUGGUGUCCUAAUGGCUACCUGUUCCUUCUUGGGCUUGCCCUGGUAUGUUGCUGCCACCGUCAUCUCUAUCGCCCACAUGGACUCUCUGAAGAUGGAGAGCGAGUCGAGCGCUCCUGGAGAACAGCCUCAGUUCCUUGGGGUCAGAGAACAAAGAGUGACAGGCAUUUUGGUGUUUGUUCUCACCGGAGUCUCCAUCUUCCUUGCUCCAAUACUUAAGUUUAUCCCCAUGCCUGUGCUGUACGGUGUCUUCCUCUACAUGGGUGUCGCCUCGCUUAGUGGAAUCCAGUUCUGGGACAGGAUUAAAUUGUACAUGAUGCCAUCUAAGCACCAGCCAGACUUUUCUUACCUCCGUCAUGUUCCUCUGAGGAGAGUGCACCUGUUCACACUGAUCCAGAUCAUCUGUCUGGCUGUGCUCUGGAUCCUGAAAUCCACCUUCUUGGCCAUCAUCUUCCCUGUUAUGAUCCUGGGUCUGAUGGUGGUCCGAAAGAUGCUGGACAUGGUCUUUUCCCAGCAUGACCUGGCCUGGGUGGAUGACCUCCUGCCUGAGAAAGAGAAGAAGAAGAAGAAGGAUGAGGAUAGGAAGAAAGGAAAGGAGACGGAAAAUGAAAAAGAAAGGGAAAAGAAGAAGCCCAAACCAGUUGACUGUGAGGAAGAGGACAGGUACCGCACCUACUCCAAUCACUCACCCAGCUCAGAGUCCGACAUGGAUCGCAGGUAUUGUGUCCUCAAACUGCACAUUCCCUACAAAGAUCUUGUAUAUCCUGAUGUUAAACAGUCUCAGUGGGGAGCAUACUGCCAGCCAACUGCUACACACAGCGCUUUUUAACACACAAAAGCUCUCUAUCAAACAGACAUAGAUAGACACCUAUUAUAGUCUUGUGUGCUUGUGAAAAUUUAACCAUACAAAGCAUAAAUUAAAUAUAUUCCGACACCUAGAUGUUAAUAUAGUUUUAGUUAAAUCCCAAUGCAGCAACUCAUGUGGAAUAGAAAACUGUGUAAAUGUAGGUUCUAGGCUCUGACUCAUCGCUCCCCACAUGGAAAACAGAAACACAACACAAGCACAGAGUUGAAAGCAGAAGUAUAUCUUAGGCCGAUAAAACGAUAAGAAUGAGCUUGUUCAUUGGCUUAUCCCCUGGACCAUGCGUAUUGUCACGUCUCCUGGAAUUCCAAAGAUGGCGGGCAGCGACUUAACAUCUAAUGUAUUUUCUUUGAUUUUACACUUUUAAAGAGUGUAAAUGCUGCAUUUAAAUUCGAUGGGGUUAGGGUCAAGGUUUGUUGUCGUUGCAGACUAGAAUUAACAUCAUAUGACAACUUUUUUUUAACCUAUCAAAAUGAACAAUAUUUUGGUUUGAAAAAAAAAUCAUUACAAUCUAACAAAUAAUUACUACAUCUACCUCUCCUCCAUCGCUUUUCUGCCACAUUUCAUCUGCCACUGUCAGAGGAAAGGGAAAACUCUGGAGCCGAUAAUGCACCUAUUACGCUGGUUGCAAACCACUAUUAAAAAUUAAGAAGAAAAUUGUGCAACCAAUCACGUUGCAAUAUCUUAUCGUGUUGUGGCCCUACAACACGGCCUCAACCGUAGCUCGGAUAGCAACAAUAAUAACUGGAGGAAUGUAGACUCAGUUGCUACAGGUGGAUGCUGGGGUGGAGGUGGGGUUUAUGAAAUUCAACAGAAGGCAAUUGUAGACAGCAUCUACUUGAUGCCAAUGUUUUCAAAUGCCUACAUCUGAGAUUUCUGCUUCCACCCUAAUUCAGUGGAGAUGAUGGAAUAUUGUUUGUGUUGCUCUCAGCAAUGAAACAAUGCAUUUAAAAAUAAAUAGCAGGAGCUCUUUACAGAAACAGCAUUCCUCCCUGCUUCUCUGCAUAAUCUACACCACACACACUUCUGUUUUCACUGGGACUAUAUCUUCAAUAGACAGUAGUUCUGAUGAAAACUCUUUGCUGUAUCUGAAAUACAUUCGCCUGCAUUUUUCAUUGGUGGCAGCAGAAAUCUGAGACAGUUCAUUCGGAACAGAGGCGAAUAAUCCAACAACUUUCUGCAUGGUUGGAUAUCACUACAGGUGCAUUGUGUAAAAAAAACCCACAUCAUACUUUAACAUCAGUUAUUUAUUUUCGACAUAUUGUUUGUAAAAUACCAGGGUAGACAAAAUAGCAUGAAUAUAACACAGAAACCCUUACUUUGUUAUGGUGUUGAAUUGUAAAGAAGAACCGAAGAUCUAUAGCUCUAUUGUGUUGUGGAGUGUAUUUAUUUAAUCUGAAUUAUUUUUGUUUUACUGCACACUUUCUGACGAACAAAUUGCCAUCGUAACAUGUUUUUCAUUCAGUCUAUCAAUCAUUAUCAGAUUUUCAUAAAUAAUCUAAUCAUACACAUACUGUUAUGGGUGGACAUAUACAUCCACAAA